CCUGACCCUCUCCGCACUCCCGGCUUCUCGCCUGCUGCCCGCCCGUGGUGAGGCUGCCUCGGGUGUUGCCGCCAGCCCGGCGAGUGGGAAGAGCCUCUCCCCGGCAGGGAAGGUGCCUCGUGUCGGCGUGCGCACACCAGCCUCGCCGGGGUUCCUGCAGCGCCGCAGCCGGCAUGGCACCUCUGGAUCGGUGCAGUAUUCUGCCGCUCCUGCACCUCCUCCUGUGUAGAGUAGUGGCAAUGCUCAGCUUCCCGGGCUUUAUUUUAAAAGUGGACAAGUCGUGCUGCUUACUCUGGUCUUCUGACUUCCAGCUGCCUCCUUUACCGGCCUAUUCUCUUGCUGGGUGCGACGAAGUGGCCUACGAGGAGCGGCGGUACCCAGCUGGGAAGUGGGCCUGUGUCACCAUGGGGGAGCCCCUGUAUGAGCAGAGCAUCUCCAUGAGCUUCAUGAAGCUCAUGCGCUACAUCUGCAAGGAGAACUCUGUAGGUUGCCAUCUGGGCAUGACAAUCCCAGUGCUCAACGAAAUCCAUCUGACCAAGGAGGGGACCAAGCUGGAACGUGAGGUCCUAACUGCCUAUUAUCUCCCAGGAGAGUUCCAGCAAAACCCCCCUGUUCCCAUGGACCCCGAAAUCCACAUCACUGAGAGGGCACCGCUCCGGGUUAUAACCAGGGUUUUCUAUGGGAUGACCACUGAGGAGACAAUUCUGCGGGAGAUCAGUCACUUCUGGGAGCUCUUGGGCUCCACAGACUCGGUGCUGCAGGAAACGUACAUCGUGGCUUCUUACGAAAACCCCAGCAUCCCUCAGCGCCGCAAUGAGAUCUGGUUCAUCUGCCGGGCAGAGUGAGUCCCCUCUGUCACCGCAAGCCAGCGCGCGACUGGACCCGGUGUAGAUGGCAGUUCUGACCCAAAGGAGACGGAGCACUUCCCAACCCGCUACUCACCCACACAAUGAGAGACCAAGAGACUGCAGGGUGGGUUUCCAGCCUGCCCUGCAAGGGUCCUGCCAGGGGAAAUCCUGCCUAGUCUGCACUUCACCUGCCCCCACAGCUGAGGCUGGAGCUGGUACCACGGACAAUCUCUAGAGCAAGCUCUUGAUGGGAAGCACGUGGUGGGGGCUCAUUAAGGCAGUAACCGUGUGGGCUUGUGCAGUGUGCUGGCCUGACCUGCACUGGGCUUGCAGAGCUGUGCCAGGGAGGCUGGUGGUGGACAGCAUCACAAGGUGAUGGUGUCUAGAAGGCAAAUGACUGUGUACAAGAUGUGGGGCUCUGUGUGGCCUCUGGCCUGCUUCCUGUGAGAAUGGCUGCCUGUCCUGAACAGAGCCACUGAAAUGCUGCUACAGAGACAGUUGGGUUCAAAGGGGAAAAGGGCUUGAAUCCUGAAUGUUUCCUGCUAGGUUGGUUCUCUUUGGACUGUUGGGUGCCUCCCUGUCUGUCACUCACCAUUCCUCAGCCAGGACUGGGGCGCUGGCAGCCUUUGUCCAUCCGUUCUGGGUGCUCUUUUGCAGAGAUGCUGGAGCUGAGAGGGGCAGGUCCAGAGAGCAGCAGCGGCGACACCACUGCGUGUUGUGUUGUGCAUUGAUCAGUGAGUUUCACAUCCAUGAAUACUGUCAUGCUUUCCUGGGGGAAGCUGGCAGUGCCAGCAGUAAAUAAACCCAGCUCAAACCA